AUGGAAUACUCGCAAGAGCAACUGAACUACUUCAGACUCUGCUACAUAGCAUUUGAUUUGAUUCCAGUGGAACUGCGGCACAUUUUCAAAACCGAAUGGGAUUUCCUUUAUAAAGCAACGUUAACUGGAGAAUGGAAAGACACGGCACAAAAUGGUCAUGAUUUCUACAACAAAGAAUCUAAAGCAGGUCACAAGAAAAACGCCCGAUAUCUGGCAAUAAUCCACAAUGGUGACACGGCAGAGUGGGACUGUACCUGUUUGUUUUUUGCCAUCCUGUACUCGGACAGCAUUGGUAAAACCUUAAGCCCAGCUGUCCGUAAAGAGGUCGAUGAUAUUCGUCAGGUGCGAAACGAGAUCGCUCAUAUCACCGAGGCUAAGUUGACAGAUGCCGACUUCCAAACUUCUGUAGACAGACUGUUAAACGCUUUUACAUCCCUUGGUCUGGCUAUAACUGAGAUUCAAGAAAUAAAGAACCAGACGACCUUUCCGACGAAGGAAGUAGAAAAAAUUAAGAAGCAAGUUCGUGAUCUCCAAGUCGAGUUAGAUCAGACAAAAAGCACUCUUCAAAGUACAGAAGCUGCCCUAGUUUCAGUAAAAGAAGAAAACAAAUGUCUCACACAGGAAGUAGGUGCGAAACUUCAACCAUUUUGCAUUCUCGCAUCGCGCCCACCACAUGAUAUCAUCAGCCGCUCGCAUGACAUUGAAAGAAUCACUAACAAAAUGAAGGAACUUAACAAUGGCUCUAGCGGAACAGUUAGUACAGUUUAUUUGUCAGGGAAUCCAGGAUGUGGCAAGAGCCAACUUGCCCGGGAAAUUGGACGACAGUUCUUUUCUGAACAAAACGGUGAUAUUAUCUUUGCUGCGACACUGAACACAGAAAGCAUUGAGACACUUGUUGACUCUUACCUCACCCUUGGAAGACACCUAGAGAUAACAGAAUACGCGUUGAAAGGCUUAGAAUCGUUAAAAGAAGAGAAACCUCAUGAAGCAAUUAAACAGCUCCAUCGCUUGAUUUUGCCGAAGACCAGCAAGUUUACCAAAUGGUUGAUAAUAGCAGACAAUGUGAUUGACUUACGCUUAGUCCGCGACUUGCUUCCUCAAACUGGCAGUAAGGAAUGGGGCCAUGGGCAAGUGCUGAUUACCACUCAAGAUAGUGGUACAGUUCCUCAAAACGCUCCUCACACGCAUCAUGAAUCGUUAAGCAAAGGAAUGAGGCGAAACGAGGCAGUGGAAUUGCUGGAAAAAGUAUCGCAAAUUUCAGAGCGAGUACAAGCAGAAAAGGUCGCUGAACUACUCGAUUUUCAGCCACUGGCCUUAGCUGCCGCUGCUUAUUACGUGCAAACUGUUGUGACCAGUGGGUCUUCAAAUUAUGAUUGGAAAGCAUACCUUCAAGACGUAUCAACAUACAGUCAACGUAAAGAGGCGGAAACUGUCCUUGCUAAUGAGAGUUCAGCCUACGCUAAAACAACAAUGGCCGCAGUAGAAAUGGCUAUCCGAAGAGCUGUUGAAACAGACGAGGUUCUUCGUCAUACAUUCUCUUUUCUUUCGCUCUGCGCUAACGACGACCUACCACUCGAAACUGUUUUAAAGUUCGUCAAAGCCCAAGUAAAAGACCAACUAGAGGUUUUAAUGAGGGCAAAGAUUGUUAGGUCCUCUUUAAGUCUUGUUCAUUCCGAAGAAGGGGGUGAACGAACUUAUUUACGUUUACAUAAAGUGGUGCAUGAAGCUUUGAAACGAGGCGAGAUAGUAAACCUGAAAUCAUGUGAGAGUGACCACACCAUGGCAGAAGCCUUGAAGAUUUUCAAGUCCCAACUCGAAGAAAAUAGAAAGAACUAUGCGUUUUGUAAAAAAUUGAGGCCCCACUGUGAAUCUUUACUUAAGCAGAUGACGUCAGAGUUUAGUUCGAACCAAAACACUCUUUUAGAAACGUUUACGCCCUUCGUAGAUUUGGAUACAGUUAUUGAUUGGCUACAUACUCUCACAAGUGUCUGUCUAGAAAGCUCCUACUUAGUCUUUGCGAAAAAUGUGGUCGACCUAGCUUACAACCUACUAGAGAACGAAGACAACACUCCUACGGGUGUGUUAAUUCGUAAAGGAAGGAUUUUUAGCAUAAGUGGCGUGGUGUACCGCCGCCUUGGGGAAUACAAUCGAGCCAACGAACUUCACGAAAAAGCUCUGAUGAUUCGCAAAAGGAUUUUUGGAGAAGAUCAUGCCGAUGUAGCAUCAAGUUAUAACAACUUGGCAACAGUGUUUAACCACCUGGGAGAAAGCGAUCAAGCCAAACACCUCCACGAAAAAGCACUGAUGAUUCGCAAAAAGAUUCUUGGUGAAGAUCAUGCCGAUGUAGGAGAGAGUUAUAACAACUUGGCAGCAGUGUACCACCGCCUGGGAGAAUACAAUCAAGCCAAAGAACUUUACGAAAAGGCAGUGUCGAUUAGGAAACGAAUUUUCGGUGAAGAUGAUCUGAAGGUAGCAAUAAGUUAUAGCAACUUGGCAGCAGUGUACUACGGCCUGGGAGAAUACAAUCAAGCCAAAGAACUUUACGAAAAAGCACUGAUGAUUCGCACAAGGAUUUUUGGUGAAGAUCAUGCAGAUGUAGGAGAGAGUUAUAACAACUUGGCAUUAGUAUACGACAGCCUGAAAGAAUACAAUCAAGCCAAAGAACUUUACGAAAAGGCACUGAUGAUUCGCAAAAGGAUUUUUGGUGAAGAUCAUGCCGUUGUAGCAUCAAGUUAUAACAACUUGGCAGCAGUGUACGACAGCCUGAAAGAAUACAAUCAAGUCAAGAAACAUUACGAAAAGGCACUGAUGAUUCGCAAAAGGAUUUUUGGUGAAGAUCAUGCCGAUGUAGCAUCAAGUUAUAACAACUUGGCAGCAGUGUUUAACCGCCUGGGAGAAAGCAAUCAAGCCAAACACCUCCACGAAAAAGCACUGAUGAUUCGCAAAAAGAUUCUUGGUGAAGAUCAUGCCGAUGUAGGAGAGAGUUAUAACAACUUGGCAGCAGUGUACCACCGCCUGGGAGAAUACAAUCAAGCCAAAGAACUUUACGAAAAGGCAGUGUCGAUUAGGAAACGAAUUUUCGGUGAAGAUGAUCUGAAGGUAGCAAUAAGUUAUAGCAACUUGGCAGCAGUGUACUACGGCCUGGGAGAAUACAAUCAAGCCAAAGAACUUUACGAAAAAGCACUGAUGAUUCGCACAAGGAUUUUUGGUGAAGAUCAUGCAGAUGUAGGAGAGAGUUAUAACAACUUGGCAUUAGUAUACGACAGCCUGAAGGAAUACAAUCAAGCCAAAGAACUUUACGAAAAGGCACUGAUGAUUCGCAAAAGGAUUUUUGGUGAAGAUCAUGUGUACGUAGAAGUAGUUCGUAGUCAGUUGGCAUUAGUAAACAAACACCUUGGAAGCAGUCGAGCUAAUUAUCGGCACGCGAAAGCAAUUUGUUUGAUCCUAUGA